AUCCACUAUAGCAAUUAAAUGGUACAUGGGCCACAGGUGGGUUCAGGUUCGGGACUCCAACUAGGUUUAAUCAACUUCCCCGAAGACCAUUUCUGAUAAAACCCGAAAGCACAGUUGUUUGAUACAAAGCAAAGGCAUUUUUCAAUUUCUGUGAUAAACCCUUAAACCCCAGAAACACCAUGAUCCGAAUCGCGAGAAACCCAAGGCCUCUAACAACUCUGAGUAACCAACUCCUCCAACGCUUCAACGUCAGCGGAACCGCGAAAGGCAAGUCCAAACUCAAAGCCGGCCAACCUUUAAAACGCUCCAAAAUCUCCACUAAAAAAGGCAAGGGCGGUGCUCCUAUCGACGAUUCCCUCCCAAAAGGCGGCCGUAUCCCCGACGAAAGGCAAAGACUUUACGAACAGUGCCUCAAUGCACCCACGCCGGUCCGUCAUCUCUCCCCAAAAGAGCGAGCUCGUGAAUCCGAACGGGAAAAAUUGGGAUUAAUUAGCAAAGAAAGGCAACGAGAAAGGGAGAUUUUGAAGAAAGGAGGAAGACAAGCAAUGGGGGUUCCUGAUGAGCCUAUGAUAAUGGGAACACCUGGGCUGGAUUUGAUUACUCUGGGCCUUGUUGAUGCUGAUAAGAUACCCAAGUACGAUCUGACGGUGGAGGAUGGACGGAGAUUGGCUAAGGAGUAUAGUCGAGUUUUAAUGAGGAAGCAUAGGGCAAGGCAGGCUGCUGAGACUAAUUUGUUGAGAAUGAAAAAGGAGGCGAUUGAGGCAUUGCCGGAGAAGCUUAAGGAGGCGGCUAUGAUACCCGAUUUGACCCCAUUUCCUGCAAAUCGGUUUAUGGCGACUUUGACUCCGCCUAUCGAAGGGUAUAUUGAGAAGGUUAAGGAAGCGGCGAAGCAAAGUUCCGCCAAACAGAAGCUUAGGUGAAGUUUGGGUGAAGCAGGCAGGGAUGAUGCUCACUUAUGAAACUGAUGAUCCAUUAUAUAGCAGCAGUGUAGUGUGAUUUUCUGGAUGGAAGAGGGUUUGAAAAUAGUUUGGUGAAAAUUGAUGAAUGUCCUACUUUCUAGUUCAACAUUGAAACUGCCUUCUUCAUGGUUUGUUGUAACUGGUAAUCCAAGCAUAGUCAAGUUACAAUGAUGCUUUUUGAUAAUUGCAUGCAAUAAUCUGAUGGCUCAAAUUGAAGUCUUUGUUAUUGUUGUUGUUUUUUACUGGAUUUCACCUUGGUUUUUUCCAGAAUAGAAGCUUUAGAAUUUUCUUGUGGAAGGCAUGGGACUGGAUUUGUAUCAUCAACUUCAACCUUGUUGAAUGUUGAUUGUGCUUGUGUGUAUUUUUGGUUGUUACCUAGUUUUACUUUUUUUUUUUUUU